CGCAGCUCGUUUCUAUAACUUCAAAAGGUAUUAAUGGGCUUUCGAAUUGGAAAGCGAAACAAACAAAACGUUUUUUUUUUCGAAUCUCCUAAAACAUGGUCGAGCUUACAUUGGAUACCCCGCGGUCUGGCUAUUUCUUUGGCGUAAUGGGCGUCGUUUCGGCCAUUAGCUUCUCCACUUUGGGCGCCGCCUAUGGCACUGCCAAGGCUGCGGUUGGUAUCUCUUCGAUGGCGGUCAAGCAUCCGCAGCUCAUCAUGAAGUCGAUCGUGCCAGUGGUCAUGGCUGGCAUCAUAGCCAUUUAUGGCCUGGUAACUGCCGUCCUGCUAGCUGGCUCACUGCACCCUUACAUGACUGCCUACAAGGGAUUCCUGAAUCUAAGCGCUGGACUGGCAGUGGGUGUUUCUGGCAUGGCGGCUGGGAUGGCAAUAGGCGUGGUUGGAGAGGCUGGUAUCCGAGGAGCUGCCCAGCAGUCGAAACUCUUUGUUGCUGUCAUAUUGAUACUGAUAUUUGCUGAGGUAUUGGGUCUGUAUGGUCUCAUCGUGGCUGUUUACUUGUUUACCAAGUGAUAUCUGUUUGGUAUUAAAGAUGUUUCCUCUUUUCUAA